UACAGAUCGACAGCUUUAUACUUGCCAAUUUCUGCUAAUCAAACAACAGUGCUGUACCCAGUUCAGUGAGAACACAUCAGAUCGAUAUGCUGUAUGCGAUCGUCUUGUCCGCGUUAGCCGGAGUUUUAGCCAUUUAUUACUUCUUCUUCAAGAACCCGAACAAGUUCAAGAAUCAGGGGAUACCAUAUGUGCGACAUUUGCCAUUGGUGGGCAACAUGGGACAAAUAAUCUUCGGCCAGGAAUCAAUACCCGGAUUCUUAAAAUCGGUAUACAGUGAGCACCCCGAGGCCAAAUACAUUGGUAUGUACGACUUCCUCACGCCAGUGAUAAUGUUGCGCGACCCCGAGCUCAUCAAGUCCAUUGCCAUCACACACUUUGACAUGUCCACGGAUCAUCGAGCAGAGUAAUAUGUU